CGAUGAAUGGGUGGACCAGCGAAGUACACGAAAAUAGUUUCAAAGAUAAGAGAACGCUUAGAAGGGUUUAAAAAUCCUCAGUAAUACACUUAUAAAUAACGAAGUACAUGUGAACGAACGAACUGAGAUUAACCAAAAAUGAAAAACUAUCAGCUAGUUUUGAUUAUUUUUAACGUAUGUUUGGUCCACUGUUUUAAUUUGGAGCCAAGGAUACCUGUUAUCAAGAAAGGAUUAAAUGGUUCUUAUUUCGGUUAUUCUGUAGCCGAACAUCAAGAAUUAUCAGACGAUGGUUCGCAGAAACCAAAAAGUUGGAUGUUGAUCGGAGCACCUUUGGAUCAAAAUAAGCAGCCAGGCACCAAUAGGUCCGGUGCUUUAUGGCAAUGUCCAUUGACAACAUUUAAGACAGAUUGCACUCAAGUGAUUACUGAUGGAAGAUUAACAGAAGGGAGUCUGUAUGAGACAAGUAUUGAGUCUGACAAACUAGUGAAACCAAGUGUCAAUGAGAUCAAGGAUAAUCAAUGGCUCGGAGUAACGGUACGCAGUCAAGGAAUCGGUGGCAAAGUAAUGGUCUGUGCACAUAGACAUAUCGUGAAAAUAGCUGAUUCUCAAUGGGGCCAAGGGCAAUGUUACAUACUAACGCAAGACUUGAAAUAUCAAGAUUUGAAAAAACCCUGCUCUGGAAAACCGACAAAGAAUGCACAUGAGCAGUUUGGAUAUUGCCAAGCAGGAACCAGUGGUGUGCUUACUUCGGAAGAUCGAGUCGUCAUCGGGACUCCGGGCCCGAACACUUGGAGAGGAACCUUAUACCUUUUUACCGUCUCAGAUGAAUUUUUAACUAGAGACAGUACCGUUUAUAAUGCGCCGAUGCAAGAUGCGUCUCCUGUCAGUAAAUACAGCUAUUUGGGAAUGUCCGUCAGCGUGGGCAAUUUUUUUGACACCGGUCUAGCUUACGCAGCCGGUGCUCCACGUUCAAAUGGCACGGGCCAAGUUGUUCUACUGACGAGACGAGACUUUAAGACAGACAUGGACGUCGCCCUUAUUCUAGACGGUGAACAAUUCGCGUCUAGUUUCGGAUACGAAAUCACCGCCGCUGAUGUUAACGGGGACAAUAUCACGGAUCUCAUCGUGGCUGCACCGUUUUAUUUCAACAAAGCAGAGGGUGGUGCGGUGUACGUGUACACCACGUUGCAGAAAGCUUACAAGGAUCAUGAAAAGAUCAAGCCUGUUAAACUCGUCGGACGCGAGGAGUCCAGGUUCGGAUUUGCUUUAACGAAUCUUGGGGAUUUGAACAAAGACGGAUACGAAGAUAUCGCAGUUGGGGCGCCGUAUGAGAAGAAGGGAACGGUGUAUAUAUAUCUUGGAUCGAGAAAUGGAAUAAUCACAGUGCCGUCACAGGUGAUACACGCGGAAGAUUUGCCGGAGCCGUUGUUAACGUUCGGAUAUUCGUUAAGCGGUGGAAUCGACAUGGAUCAAAAUGGAUAUUCCGAUUUACUGGUAGGAGCCUAUGAAAAUGAUGCCGUGGCGCUUCUUCGAGCGAGGAAGAUAAUUGAUAUCUCUACUUCCAUUCGAUACUUGAAGAAGGACGGUAUGUACCAAGAAAAGCUAGAGCCUAUAGAUCCUAACAAAAUGGGCUGUCCGGAAGAUCCGAGUUCAAACCAUACUUGCUUCUCAUUCGAGGCCUGUUGUCGAACUAAAUCUUUGGUCAAAGACGUAGAUAUGCAGAAUUUGAAAUUGAAUUAUUACAUCGAAGCCGAAACUUUUACGGGAGUUAAAAAGUUCUCCCGAGUCUGGUUCGGUACCGGGUAUUCGCAUGUGCAUUUCGUGAAUCGCACUGUUAAUCUAGACACGACGAAACUGCAACACUGCCAAAAGGAAACUGUGUACUUAAAAGAAAAUACGCGUGACAUUCAAUCGCCUAUUAAAUUUCGUUUGAAUUAUUCGUUGGUGCAGGAAGAGCCGAUUAUGCCUGCCGAAGGAGAACCGCUACCUGACAUCAAAAGCUAUCCUAUACUGAAUCAACAGGAAGCUGCCCGCGUAUUCGAAGCAACGUUCCAAAAAGAUUGUGGUAACAACGAUAUCUGCGAGAGCGAUCUCGAAGUGAAAGCUCGAUUAAAUUUAUCAGCUUCCUCCGCGAAACCGCAUUUCUACGAACUUCUCCUGGGUGAAAGAGAAGAAGUCGUCGUAGACGUGAAUGUCUCGAACGUCGGUGAAUCCGCGUACGAAGCUCAAUUGUUCAUCAUCCAUUCCCAAAGUUUAAAUUACAUAGCCAGUAAAAGCAAUGACUCCGUGAUCUGUAAUCUGCAUAAUGCCACGAUAGUAAGUUGUUCCAUCGGGAACCCUUUUAAGAAAGACAAGCUAGUGAAUAUCCAAGUAAGAUUCGAUCCGAAGGGAUUAGAAGAUAACAAGUCGCAGUUGGAAUUUGUAAUAUUUGCAAAUUCAACUUCAAAAGAAGUAAGAGAGGAGGAGCCAGUCAGGUUGCAGGCGACGGUAUUGAAACGGGCGGAAUUGUCGAUCAAAGGAAGCGCGAAGAUUCAGUGGGCUUAUUAUGGUGGGCCAGUUAUAGGCGAGUCCGCUAUAAAGCAUUUGAACGAAGUAGGACCUCGGGUCUCUCACGUGUACGAAGUAUUCAACGAAGGUCCAUGGCGAGUCAGCACUUUGGAAGUUCACAUCGCGUGGCCUUAUGAGGUUGCCAAUGAUAAAACUCAUGGGAAAUGGCUUUUAUAUUUAGAGGAACGGCCGACCGUGCAAGCGUUAGGCGACAGCGAAUGUAUACUUCCACGGGGACACAUACCUAAUCCAUUGAACUUACAAGACAGCAUAAGUUACGAGGAUACCGACAUGUUCCAAACGUUGUCCACUCAAUCACCGUUGCUUCAUAAUCACACUGGCCACAUUAGAAUGAGACGAGAUAUAGAACAAGUCGUAAACCCGCGUACUUUCAUUGACAAGGAUGGACACAGACGUAAGAUCGUUUCGAUGAACUGCAUGGCAGGAACGGCGAAAUGUUUCGACAUUACUUGCUUCAUAUACAAUUUGCAAAGAAAGCAGGAGGCGAUCAUCACCGUGAAAGCAAGACUGUGGAAUUCUACUCUUGUAGAAGAUUAUCCGAAGGUAGACGAAGUGAGAAUAGGAUCCAACGCGAAGAUAGUCAUACCACCGAACGUUGUAAUACAACAGGAAAACCUGCUGGACGACCAAGCGAUUGCCGAAACGAUCGCAUAUCCAGCACUCCUCGAUCAGCAGGACGUCGAUUCUAUACCAAUAUGGAUAAUUAUAGUAGCCGCGGUUGCAGGUCUGUUAUUGCUUAUUCUACUUACAUUGAUCCUUCGAAAAUUCGGAUUUUUCAAAAGGCGACGACCAGAUCCUACUUUAUCGGGGAAUCUAGAAAAACACAGAGACGAGCAGCCGCUGAAUCCAGAAAGUGAAGCGUUAUUUAAACGCUGAUCUCUUAUUUACUUACAUUUAUCAGUACUUACAACGAAAGUGAAAAACUCCCUCAUUUUCCAAAAGAUCAAAAGAAAUGCAAGAAGUUACUUAAAUGCAUAAUAUUUGUGAUAACGUCUUGCCUGAUGUCUUCGACAUUAUAGUUUUUAUUCUAUAACUACAAUCGUAGUUAUUCCUUGAUCAAAAUGAUUUCUCGACAAUGACGUUAUUUGGCACAUUUGUACAAACGCACAAUUUAAAGUAUAUAAGGAAAGUCAUACAUUGACUUUCAAGUAGUAUUUUUCAAUUCCUGUAUAGGAUUAAUUAUCGCGAUGGUGAAGAAUAUGCAGGAUGCAUUUAAACAUUUUUAUAAGUUUUAUCUUAUUUACUCGACGUGGUUUAAAUGAGACUGACGUGAUUAACAAAAUUUCUGUUUAACGUAAAUUAAAUACGCGUUUAGAAAAGAGUUCAUGUAUGAUCUUGAAGAUUACUUAAGCAGAUACUUAAUCAUCGAAUUGAAUUCCCUUUAUUUAUACCUUGUUGCUUUUGAAGAUUUAUACAAAGGUAAAUUAUAUUUGCACGAGAAUCUUUUUACAUUAUUUAUAACUAAAGAAUUUUUACAUGUACACCUUACUUGUUACAUACAUGUAUACCCACCAAGAAUGCAGAUGGUAUUAAAGAAUCUGUAAUGU